GUUUAUAUCGCUUCCGAUGAAAGAUUACUACUAGUUUGGAUUACAACUUUGGACAGAGUUAAGCACAUGAACUUUCUAGGUAAAAGAAGAAUGUAUUACAAAAAAGGUUAGAGACGAAUGAACCAAUAAGAUACACUUAUUUACAAGAGAAGAGAAGAAACAAAUAAAGAGAGAAUCGCAACUGGGCUUAAUACGCAGAUUCCUCAUGUUUCCGUUGUUUUCAGUUACCUACAAGUCUUUCAACUUUGUCUUGUUCGAUUUAGUACGACAACAGUUUACAAAAGUUGUACAUCUCCAAUCUUUAAAACAAAAACAAUCUUCGAAUGCUCCAAAUAUUAGCCUUGAUUAAAUAAGUAUCUUGUGAUAUAUAAUAUGAUCUCCAUAUGUCAUUAUAAAGUAGAAACAUAACUAGUUCAAUAAAUCUCUUAAUACUACAUAGGAGAAGAGAUUUGAACUUUCCCACCAAGAAACAAGGAACGAGCUUCUUAUAUAUUCUUCAUGUACUAUAAAGUUUAUCUGUAAAUACCUUUUCCUCUUUAUGGCGUUUUCUCUUUGCUUGCCGAUUCUUCUAGCUUCUUAGCUAGUUUCUCCUUUCUCAAGUUUUCUUAUAUUCUCUCCUACAUGUCUUCGCAUCCCUUCUCUCUCCCAUCCCAAGAAAUCUUUGAUUCUAUGAUUCUUCUCUUUUCUCUUCAUCUUUAUAACAACAUAUAUCUAUACCUGAUAGGGAACUUCUUCGCAAACAUUCUUUAUUUCCUCUACCAAACCCCAACAACUACCUGAAGACUAUUCUCUCUCAAAAGCUUACGGAACGAAAUGACUCACCGUAUAGCUCCUCGAUGUUUCUCCACCAUCAUGCUUCUAUGUCUUCUAUAUACUUCACCUCUAGAUGUUAUAGCUCAGGGUCAGGGAGGACAAGGUGAUAUACCAGUUGUUAAUCCUACAGCUCCAGGUGGUAGUACCACAACACCAACCAUAACACAACCGUCACCGCCUUCCUUGACAUUCCCAGGUCCAACUACACCAACUGGUGGUUAUCCACCUCUUGACGGUACCACGCCAACCGGUGGUUACCCACCACUUUAUGGUACUACACCGCCAGGUGGAGGUGAUGUAGGUGGUGGAGGAGGCGGAUAUGGUGGUGGUACACCUGGUGGAGGUGGAGGUGGAGGUGGUGACACUGGUGCAGGUGCUGGAGGUGGGGGUUAUGGUGGUGGUGGUGACACUGGUGCAGGUGGAGGUGUUGGUAGUGGCCAGUGGUGUAUAGCGAAAGCAAAUGCUUCGCCAACAUCAUUACAGGUGGCUUUAGAUUACGCUUGUGGGUAUGGAGGAGCUGAUUGUGGCCAGAUACAACAAGGUGCAGCAUGUUACGAGCCUAACACAAUUCGUGACCAUGCUUCCUUUGCUUUCAAUAGUUAUUACCAGAAGCAUCCUGGUUCAGACAGCUGCAAUUUUGGAGGGGCAGCACAACUUACUAGCACAGAUCCAAGUAAGACAUCUUAACUUUUUAUGUACUAGUCCACACAGAUUUGACCAUAAGAACCGGGAAAGUAGAAUUAAGUUACCCGCAUACUAGCUUCCAUAUUUCCAGCUUUUAUCUUUGCUGUCUCCAUGAGCGGCAUAAGCUACUUGAGACCUCCACAACUGAUAGAUGUUGAGUGUCUAGAAAUAGUUCCUGAACCUAGUAAUACUAGCCCACCAUAUGAUUCCAGUGGGUCAAAGAAUCUGAUAAUAACUAGAGUUUAUACCUUUCAACGCUAAAGAUAAAUCUGAGACUGGUAUUCAAAUCUGCUCUUAUACUGCUCCAGGUAAAGGAAGCUGUCACUUCUCAUCAUCAUCAGGAACAGUCAGGUAUGUGUUUCUUUUUCCACAAAUCAACUUCUUAACCUGUCAAAAAAGUGAGAAAAAUAAUUGUGAUUAAUAUCUGCCAAUUGCAGCACAAGCCCCCCAAGUCAAAUGAGUCCACCAGAUUUUAGUUCCCCACCAUCAUCUACAUACCCACCGCCAAUAACAACUCCAACUACAGGCAUAACUGGCUCUGGACCACCCUUCGGCGUAGCAGAGCCAACAGGGCUUCCGAAUUCAGCAACCUCUGUAUCACAUAGCCUUCUCUCAAUAUUUACAGCAGUUGGGAUACUAAUGCCACUGCUCAGGGAAAAUUAUCUUUAAACAGACAAUAGUUUCAGGGUUUCAAUCAUUCUCUGCAAAUUAUGAAGCGCGUUUUCCAUAACUAUGAUGCGAUCUAUGGAGCUCAAGAAAGCAGCUGUGAUUUGCAAGAAGAUUUUAAUCCAUGACCUAAUUCUCACCAUCUGUUCUAUUGCUAUAGUUUAUCACUGAAAGUAUAUUUAUUUAGUAGGAGAUACUACAAAAUCAAAGGGCUUAGGAUAUAUACAUUCUUGUAGACACAUUAAGCAUAAUGUAUCUCUUUACAGUUUUAGAAAAUAAAAUACUUAGGGAACGGUUAAGAAAUACAAAAGCAAUGUCAGACAUUA